CCAGCACCCCGAGAUUCCAGGCACUGGGGGUGACUCAGAGCUCCCGCUGCCCUCGCUGAGCCGACAGCACCCGCCGCUGUGUAAUCACAGCAAGUCACCGGUCAUGGGAGCAGCUGGAAGCGGGGGCCAAGAGCAUCCCAUGUCCAGAAAUGCUCCUGGCACCCCCUCACCUCCUUUCAGACCCUUUUCUUUUCCCUUUUCCUCUGCUGUCGGGCAAGUUCAACAUGGGAGUUAAUUUUCCCAUUUUUCCCAUCAAAAUUUGAGGGGAAACUGAGGAACGGGGUCUGGGCUCCUUGCUGGGGGGUGCUGGGGGACAACAGGGAAAAUAUGGAGCCGCUCAGAAAGGGAAGUCCUGGAGCUGGUGCAGCAACAUGUGACUGUCCCAAGAGAGACUCAAUGGGAAGCAAAAAUCCACAGGGGAAUUUUGCAGGUGUUUUUGAAGAAUUGGGAUGAUUUUCCAGAGCAGCUGUGGCGGAGGAACAACCUCUGCAAGAUGAAAACAUGGCUUUGGGUCCCAGGAAAGGAAAGCAGAGCUGGGAGCACUGCUGCCUUUUUCCAAUUAGCCAAGCUGCUCUAAUAAAGAUAUUGCUUCUCCCCACAGCCCUUCCCAUUCUAAUCUUGCCAUGUGAAAAGGCAUCUCUGAGCUAGGCAAGGAGAUAAGUGCUGCAGAGCCCUGAGACUUCCCACCAGCGACCUUGAACAGAGCUGCUCUGCUCAGGAGGGAAGAUAAAGCCCAGAUGGUUUUAGUGUAGGUUUAAAUCCCUUUUUAUAGCCUGAAAGUGAAAGCCUGCAGGUGACAAGGAAAACCCUUGGUGAACUGAAAACCUCUGACACAAGCAGAAAAUUAUAAAGUCCUGAGCAGUUGUGCAAGGAAAUGAGGGCAUCUGUGGGUGGGGAGUGAACCACAACCUGUGGCAGAGGUCAGGGACAGCAGGGUUUCUGGGAUGGGGACCUGUAAAAUUGUUGACAGUGCCUUGAUUGCCAAAAUGCACACAUGACUGUGGAGCAGAGCAGGAGGAUGAAGAAACUGGAGGAAAGGGACAGUGAUAAGGAGAGCAAAUCCUUGAUGCUGGUAUUUACUGGGACAUGGUGAGGACAGCAACACUGCCAAGGUGGUCCUGUGAGCCUGGAAGGCCAACCAAGAGCAGAAGUCAGACUGGAGGCUUGUCCCCACUCAGCUUCUUCUGUCCUUCUGCACUGAGACCACCCCACACUUGUCUGUGGCCCAAGGAUAUGGGUGGAAGGUCAGGAGAGCAGCCAGGACUUGCAGCCUGGUCCCCUGCAGCAUCGCCCACCCACACAGGACCAGUCCACAUCUUGCCACCAACCCUCCUUGUGGGGCUUGUGUCACCCACCUCAUCCACCAACCUCUGCCCGUUCCCUGCCAGACGCUGCCAGAACCCCAAUUCUUUCCUUCCGAAAUGUGCUCAAAAAUUCAACAUUGUGCAGCCACCUUCAGGACUAAACUCCUGGGUUUCCCACACACGUGCGCAUCCCUGAGUAUCCAUACAUUCACCCCGGGAUGUGCAUAUCCCCCGCACCCUCCAAUGCGUGCCCCCACCUCUCGCCCAUUCCCCCCUCGCUCUCCCCGCUGCUGUCUAGCCCUCAAUCCCGGUGCCCGAAUCUGCCGGGGGUUUUGGGCCGAGCCAGGGGUUCCCUGCCCCGGGGCCGAGCUCCGGAGCGCUUUUCCAGCUCCUCCCUCCCGCCCGCGGCCGCGGGGAUGGGCGGUGGCGGAGGCGGGCGGGAGCAGCGCUCCGCCCGCGGGGCCGGGGCGGGCCGGGGCGGUGGGAGCCGAGGACAAAGGUGACCGUGAGGGAGCGGUGCCCCAAAGCCCCCUCGCACCAUCCGACCCCGGAUCCAGCGCUCUCACGGCCACCACGGCCACGCGCGUGUCGUUGAUGCUGGUGACCGCCGCAGACCGGAGGUAAGAGUCCAGUAGCUCCAUUUCCUGGGCGCCAGGGCUGCUGCCAGCAAGAACAAAAAGGCGAUGGUUCGUUUCCGUGCAAUUAAGGCGCUGCGCUGAGCACCCUCUGUCCCCGCAGGGCGCGGAGCCAUGAAGCUGAACGAGCGGAGCUUGGCCUUCUACGCCACCUGCGACUCCCCGGCCGACAACUCCGGCUUCCUCUACAAGCGCGGCGAGCGGCACACGGCCUAUCACCGCCGCUGGUUCGUGCUCAAGGGCAACAUGCUCUUCUACUUCGAGGAGCGGGACAGCCGGGAGCCCGUGGGCGUCAUCGUGCUGGAGGGCUGCAAUGUGGAGCUCUGCGAUUCAGCCGAGAACUUCGCCUUCGCCAUCCGCUUUGGCGGCAGCAAGUCCCGCACCUACGUGCUGGCGGCGGAGAGCCAGGCGGCCAUGGAGUCAUGGGUGAAGUCACUGUCCCGAGCCAGCUUUGACUACAUGCGGCUGGUGGUGCGGGAGCUGGAGAAGCAGCUGCAGGAGAUGAGCCGGGGGCUGCCCGGAGGAUGUGGGGGCUCCCAGGACGCUCCCGGCCCUUGGAAGCCGAAGCCGUCGGGGCUGGAGCAGUCCCGGGAGCGGCUGCCGGCUGUGCCCGCCGUCGUGCCGAAGGAGAACGGCUGCGCCGUGUGGAACAACGUGCUGGGUGCGGACCGGCCGCCCGACACCUCUGGCUGCGGUGGGCACGAUGAGGAGGGGACCCCGCGGCCGCCGCCGCUGCCGCCGCGCAGGCGGGUGAUGAACGGAGAGGCGGCCGUGGCGGAGAGCCCGUCCACCUUCUGCCGGCUGCACGAGCAGUACAGCCGGGAGGUGGCCCGGCUGCGGCAGGACUGGCAGCAGAAGCGGCGUGGCCCUCAGCCCUGAGCCCAGGUUGAGCCCUGGGAACCUGCCAGGAGCUGGGGCAGGUGGCCAUCCUUGGUGCUGGCCCUGUCCCCUCCUCACCCCGGGAUGCGCAGACCUGGCUGUGGUGGUGAUGGACACCUGCUGGUGGUGCCAAUGAGGGCUGGGCACCAAGGGACGCCAGUGCUGCUCUGUGAUGGUGAAAUGGGCACCACAGGGGUGCCCUCCAGCCGUGCCCCCAUGUGGGUUUGGGGUGCUCCACUCAGCACAAGCAAACUACAAACCACUCACUGACUGAGGCCUCCUGAAAAUCGACUGCUGCUCUGGCUGUGCUGGGGCCUCUUGGUGCUCUUGCAGUGGGAUCGUGCCUUGACAACUUCUGGAGGAGGAUUGUGAUGGGAUCUCGCCCGCCUGGGUUCCCGUGUGGGUUCCACAAUGGAGAGCCUGCUACCAACUUCCCCUCCUGGCCCAGCACAAGGCUGAGGUCGGCUGAGCUCUGCCAGAUCCCUCUGCUCCAGCAGGAUGUGGUUUGAAAUGAAAAUAUCAGUGAGUGCAGCCCUUCCUUAAUGGCAGCAGCAGCUCCGCACGCUCAUGGGAGCUGGUGACACCCAGCCUUGGGCAUUUCACAGGGAGCAAUUGCUGCUUGCAGCCUGGAUGGCAAAUAUGGGAGGGGUCAGACCCUGGGGGAAUUCAGCAGCUUCAGGCACUGCUUUGCUGGUGGAUAUUUUGGGACAGCACAUCAUCCCCGUGCCAGCUCAAUAAGGGGAAGCAUCGCUCGUGGUGGCAAAUGGGAACGUGUGUGUCAGCAGCAGAGCGUGAGGAAUGAUUCAUGUGCCAAACCAGAGCGAAGCUGGUGUCUCAUGCCUGUGUUUCUAUCUUAUUUCCACAUCAGAAACUCAAACUGCUGGCCCAGAGGUGGGGUGAACCACCCUGGAGCAAGGGGGAGCAGUCAGGGUGCCCUGGCUUAGGGGCUGGUGGCUCCAGCUCCCUUUGCUCCCUUGGGACAGGCACAAGAUUUUUCUACAAUAAAA